AUGUUUUUUGAGCCUUACAACGAGCCAUCCUCAACAAGAGGAGAUCCAGCAGGCGCAUGGCGCGCUCCACGAGACAUACGCAUCGCCCUGGCCAAGCCUGACAUGCAAGCCUUGAAUGUCCCAGACUCUCUGUUCCUGCUGGACAAGGCUGAAGGGCCACAGGACCUUCCCUAUAGGAUUCCUCAGCCAUGGCAGCUGAUACAGAGAAUGACUCCAGAGUGCCCUCUAGGGACCAGUCCUAGAAACGCACCAGAGGACGUAGGUUUCAAAUCCUCUCCUGAUGCCAUUACCCUCAAAGAGAAGGAGCAUCUUGUCAUCAGUGCAGUAGAGUUUGAAGAAGCUGGGCUUCCUUAAGCCACAGGCAAAGAGAAUGACAUGCUUCUGGAGCAGCAGGACCAAUUCCAUGAUACACCCCCUCUGGCUGUGAGUAUUAUAGCUCCUCUCUACAGCGCCCCCUCUGGCUCUCUCCUGUACCCUGACCUCUUGUCGCUACGGAAACAGUGCGCUGCCCUCACAAUGCUAACUCGCUCCGGGGAGAGACGCAAAGGAGAGGAAAUGGAGGAGGAGGGAAGCUCCGAGCUGGACGGAGAGAUGGAGAUGAAGAAGAGGGACUCUGGCAUGCAAGAGAUCCCAGAACAGUUACUGGAGUCAGCAGCAGCCCCUCCAUCUGAAGCAUCAGCUGAGGUUCUUCUGGACAUGUCCAAAGAGGACAGAUCCCUAGAGCAGAUGUCUCCUGUGAGCAGACUCUCAGUGUCUGCUCUUUUCAAGUCUCCUAUGGAAGAAGCCCCAGUGCCUGUGGAGGCUAUAGUGGAGGAACAUGUGGCUCUACCAGACAGAGAACAGGAGACCGAUAGAGAGGUCACUGCUGAGGGGCUGUUGAGAUAAGCUUUCAGUGUGGUGUCCUCGUUCCUCCUUAGGUUUGGCAAGGUCACCUUCUACUCUCUGUUGCCCCUGGAGGCAGACUGCAGUACUGCAGCUCACAUGCUCUCCAAACUGCUAGGCGUGUGUGUGUGUGUGGUGUUUGUCCAGAGCUGGUGUCUGCUAGGGAGCUGGCAGUACAUCAGGCUGAAUCCUACAGCCCCAUCACCAUCAUCCCUGGACCACUCAGCACCGUGCACGCCUGAGGAACACAGAGGAUGUCCACGUCCACACACACACAAAAACACACACACACACACACACAAACACACACACGGGAUGUGUGUGGCCAUACUUUUAAAACUAAUCAUGUUCAUUCAUGUCCCAAAUUUAAUUUCUGUGAGAUCAUCACCUCAAAUUGUUUUGUAGCACACAUGAUGACAACAUUUAUAAGUGAAGCCUUUUUUAUAACAAGUGAAGUUACUGAGUUAUUAUUGAAAGGUAGUUGUUAAUAUUGAGAUUUUUUAUUCAAAGUUGGUAUUUAUAUUAUUAAUAUGUAUUGAUAUGAGUGUAUUUAGCAGGGGAUAUAUUUUAUUCUAAUUUAUUUGUCAACUGUCAUGAAAGUUGAUAUUGUUGACAGCAACGUUUUUGGUGAACUUUUCUCAGAUGUUUUUUCUGUCUUAUUGUGGUAUGAUGUUACUCUGUUCUUACGGUGAAGCAUUUAUGAGUAUCUUAUGUCAAGUGUUAUUGAAGUGUUGUGGUUUCAAGGUCACAUCUAAAGCCUUUUCUUUUGGGGUGUUGUUAUAGGCCACCAAGUGUUAACAGUCAGUAACUAAAUAAUAUGUGUGAAAUGCUUGAUAGUGUAUGUGAUGUAAACAAAGGUCUACUUUCUUGGGGACCUGAAUAUUAACUGGUCUUCAUCAAGCUGUCCACUCAAGAGGAAGCUUCUUACUGUAACCAGUGCCUGUAAUCUGGUUCAGGUUAUUAAUCAACCUACCAGGGUGUUUACAAACACUACAGGAACAAGAUAAUCCACAUGUAUCAAUAAAAAAAUGUAUUAAUACUGUAGAACUUUGUUCUAAAGCUGUAUCUGUACCCAUUGGAUGCAGUGAUCACAAUAUAGUGGCUAUAUCCAGGAAAGCCAAAGUUUCAACAGCUGGGCCUAAAAUAGUCUAUCAGAGAUCAUACAAAAGAUUUUGCUGUGACUCUUAUGUGGAUGAUGUUAAAAAUUGUUGUUGGUCUGAUGUGAUUAAUGAGGAGCAUCCAGACGCUGCACUUGAUGAAUUUAUGAAAUUGCUUCUUCCAAUUAUUGAUAAACAUGCACCUGUUAAGAAACUGACUGUUAGAACUGUUAAGGCUCCAUGGAUUGAUAACGAAUUGGAAAACUAUAUGGUUGAAAGAGAUGGGGCAAAAGGAGUGGCUAAUAAGUCUGGCUGCAGAUCUGACUGGCUGAUUUACUGCAAAUUGAGAAAUGAUGUGACUAAACUCAACAAAAAGAAGAAGAAACUGUAUUAUGAAGCCAAGAUCAAUGAUAUAAACUUUGGAGUACUUUAAAUGAAAUUAUUUAAAGAAAAGACAAAUUCAACUCCAUCUUUCAUCCAAUCAGAUGGCUCAUUUAUCACAACACCAUUUGAUGUUGCCAAUUAUUUUAAUGAUUAUUUAAUUGGCAAAGUGGGCAAACUUAGGCAGGAAAUGCCAACUACGAACAGUGAGCAAUUGUAAUCAUGCAUAAAAAAAACAAAUAAUGAAAAAAAAGCAUUGCAAGUUUGAAUUUUGUAAAGUUAGUGUGGGAGAGGUGGGAAACUUAUUGUUAUCGAUCAAUAAAGACAAACCUCCUGGCAUUGACAACUUAGAUGGAAAGCUACUGAGAAUGGUAGCUGACUCUAUAGCCACACCUAUCUGUCAUAUUUAAUCUGAGCCUUGAGGAAAGUCUUUGUCCUCAGGCCUGGAGGGAAGCAAAGUCAUUCCGCUACCCAAGAGUGGUAAAGCGGUCUUUACUGGUUCUAACAGCAGACCUAUAAGCUUACUGACAGCUCUUAGCAAGCUGUUGGAAGAAAUUGUGUUUGACCAAAUACAAUGCUAUUUCUCUGUAAACAAAUUGACAACAGACUUUCAGCAUGUCUAUAGAGAAGAACAUUCUACAUGUACUGCACUGACAGUAAUGACUGAUGAUUGGCUGAAAGAAAUUGAUAAUAAGAAGAUUGUGGGAGCUGUGCUGUUAGAGUUCAGUGCAGCCUUUGAUAUUAUUGACCAUAACCUGUUGCUGAAAAAACGCACACUGCCGUUCAAAAAGUUUGGGGUCACUUAGAAAUGUCCAUAUUUUUGAAAGAAAAACUAAAAAAAUUGUCCAUUAAAAUAACAUAAAAUUGAUCCGAAAUACAGUGUAGACACUGUUAAUGUUGUAAAUGACUAUUAUAGCUGGAAACAACAUUUUUUUAAAUGGAAUAUCUACAUAGGCGUACAGAGGCCCAGUAUCAGCAACCAUCACUCCUGUGUUCCAAUGGCACUUUGUGUUAGCUAAUCCAAGUUUAUCAUUUUAAAAGUCUAAUUGAUCAUUAGAAAACCCUUUUGCAAUUAUGUUAACACAGCUGAAAACUGUUGUGCUGAAACAAUAAUAAAAAAUAAAAAAAGGCCUUUAGACUAGUUGAGUAUCUGGAGUAUCAGCAUUUGUGGGUUCUGUUAAGAUUCUGGGUUAAACUUGGAACAUUGUUAUAAUCAGAAGUUAAUGGUUAUGUGUAGGAGCCAGAUGGCUUUGGAAUGUGUAGGGGAGACGGGUGGAGAGCUUAGAACAUAACAAUGUCACUGAGGGAGAGAGGGUCAUGUAUAACGUUUACAUUAUGUCAGGAUAUGUUAUUGUUAGCCAUCAGGGAUCCUCUGCGAGGAGGAGAGACGCAGUCUGGUAUCAAUCGCCAUGACAGCCUUGAGUUGGGGAGGAGUGAGCACUUUGGGGUAGAGGUCAGGUCAGAUGAAGUGAGGAAGAACAGAUAUCACUAAGGUUCUGUCUAGCAAACAGAGAUGCAUUGGCUGUUCAGAUGUGGAGGAGACUCAACCUAGGAGAAAGGGUUAAAUAUCAGUGCUUGUGUGAAAUGUCGUUGUCUGAAUACAGCUGUAUCGACCCUUUGGGAAGAAUAAAACUUGGUUAAGCUUU